AACAAAAAACACAAGUUGCAAAAUAUUUCUUUUUAAUAUAAAGAAUAGAAGAAAACAAGCAACUUUUUCUUGUUAUUAUUUUUUGUUACGCCUAACUAGUUAAAGGACUUUCUAAAACAAAAGGAUCACACUGCUGAGGCGCAGUGGCUGACUGUGCGUAAAUUGUUGAUGUGGUGCCCACGCAGGACGCACUGAAGAAGGACUGGUCGAGAGCAAACUCAAAUACCCUUAUCUUCCAAUCGCCAAGGAAAAAAAAAAUAAAAUACUCGUCUGGCCGGAGCUGGUUUUGCACAAAAAACUGUUUUAAUGUUUGGGAUUCAGGACAAUAUACCGAGAGGAGGGACGACCAUGAAGGAGGAACCCCUGGGCGGUGGGAUGAAUCCGGUCCGGUCGUGGAUGCACACAGCUGGGGUGGUGGAUGCAAACACGGCCGCCCAAAGCGGCGUGGGCUUGGCUCGCGCGCACUACGAGAAGCAGCCGCCGUCCAACCUGAGAAAAUCCAAUUUUUUCCACUUCGUCCUGGCUCUAUACGACAGGCAGGGGCAGCCCGUGGAGAUCGAACGCACAGCCUAUGUGGACUUUGUGGAGAAGGAGAAAGAACCAAACAGUGAAAAAACUAACAAUGGGAUUCAUUACAAACUACAGUUGUUGUACAGCAAUGGUGUCAGAACAGAACAAGAUCUUUAUGUACGCUUAAUCGACUCCAUGACAAAACAGGCAAUUAUUUAUGAAGGUCAAGACAAAAAUCCAGAAAUGUGCAGAGUCCUUCUCACGCAUGAAAUCAUGUGCAGUCGGUGUUGUGACAAGAAAAGUUGCGGGAACAGGAACGAGACUCCCUCAGACCCAGUUAUCAUUGACAGAUUCUUUUUGAAAUUCUUUCUGAAGUGCAAUCAGAACUGCUUGAAGAAUGCCGGAAACCCUCGAGAUAUGCGCAGAUUCCAGGUCGUUAUCUCAACAACAGUCAACGUGGACGGCCACGUCUUGGCCGUGUCGGACAACAUGUUUGUACACAACAACUCCAAGCAUGGCCGACGAGCCCGCCGCCUCGACCCUUCCGAAGGUACGGCUCCUUAUCUGGAGAAUGCAGCUACCCCGUGCAUAAAGGCCAUCAGCCCCAGUGAAGGAUGGACCACGGGUGGGGCCACCGUCAUCAUUAUUGGCGACAACUUCUUUGACGGCUUGCAAGUCGUGUUUGGGACGAUGCUUGUCUGGAGCGAGCUGAUAACUCCCCAUGCCAUCCGAGUGCAGACCCCACCCAGACACAUUCCCGGUGUGGUGGAAGUCACCCUCUCCUACAAAUCCAAGCAGUUCUGCAAAGGGGCCCCCGGGCGAUUCGUUUACACCGCUUUGAAUGAACCAACUAUCGAUUACGGAUUCCAGAGGUUGCAGAAGGUCAUCCCGAGACAUCCAGGGGAUCCUGAAAGGUUACCUAAGGAGGUUCUGCUGAAGAGGGCUGCUGACCUUGUGGAAGCGUUGUACGGCAUGCCCCAUAACAACCAGGAGAUCAUUCUGAAGAGAGCGGCUGACAUCGCAGAGGCUCUGUAUAGCGUACCUCGCAACCACAACCAGAUCCCAUCCCUGGCCAACACCGCGUCCCAUGGGGGAAUGAUGGGAGUGAACUCCUUCAGUGGCCAGCUUGCCGUCAACGUAUCAGAGACAUCUCAGGGUAAUGACCAGGUGGGCUACAGCCGCAACACCAGCAGCGUUUCCCCUCGUGGCUACGUGCCCAGCAGCACCCCCCAGCAGUCCAACUACAACACAGUAAGCAACAGCAUGAACGGGUAUGGAAACUCGGGAAUGCCCAACCUGGGCGUACCCAGCUCCCCAGGGUUCCUCAACGGCUCUACCGCCAACUCUCCCUACGGCAGUAAGUAUCAAGUAGUGCCGUCAAGCCCUACCAUGGCUGCCUCCUCGGUCACCCUUUCGUCAAACUGUAGCAGUGCACACGGCAUUUUCUCAUUCUCACCUGCCAAUGUCAUCUCCGCAGUGAAACAAAAGAGCGCCUUUGCUCCCGUCGUCAGGCCCCAGGCCUCUCCUCCGCCCUCUUGCACCAGUGCAAACAGCAACGGACUUCAAGCUAUGUCCGGCCUGGUCGUCCCUCCCAUGUAAAUUGCACUUGAGUAUCUUCUCUUCAUUCAUCACGAAAUGGGCUCCAUGGAACAUUAGUGCAAAAUGAAGACUCCAACAGAAACAGCAUCAUCCAUCAGUGGAUAAAAUCAACGAUUACUUCAGUUCUCAGCAAAAUGGACUUUGUUUCAAAGAUUUUAUUCAAGUGAAUAUAAAUUGCUUAAGCGACUUCUUCAUGGACAAUUCCAUUUUACUGACUGAAUUUCUUGUCAUAUUUUCAACAUUUCUCAGUCUUGAAGAAAAAGGAAGAGAAAAAUGCCUAUUUUGUAUAAACGCUUCUGAUGACAUCUUGGCAAUGUCUAGCUCUUGAUAUGUAUUGGAAGGAACUCUGUGGAUAUACCUUAUGAAGACACUGAUGACUAAAGCCUCACAAUAUGUUUCUCUUAAGUCGACACACGAUGGCCGUGUGUCUCUAUAAUGUGAAUUUCCUUCUUUUUAUUUCUUUUUUUUAAUAUGUGGUAAGAAAUUAAGGGGCCAAGAAAGUGCGAGCCAUUGAACUGGAAAUACUAUAAAAUGUAUGAUUUUAGAAAACAAACGUGAACAUGAAGUAAAUAAAGAGCAAAUACGGUAAGGGGGAUGGGGUGGCAGAAGUAGGGGAGAAUUAAUCAUGCUUACUUCAACUUAAAAAAGAACUUUGUAACUUAUUGUAGUUAGAAAUUGUAUCUUUGAUAUUGCAAUUUUUUUCUCUUGCCUUCAACAAGCACACUGACAGAGAUAAAAUGCUACUGUCUGUUGGUUAAAAAAUAUACUUCCAUUGCUAAAGCUUCCUAUUAAGCAAGUGUGAUCUGCAAUGUUUUUCAACUUUUUGCU